CGCUGAUUACAUAAAUACCGAGCCAGGUAACUGCGUAGUCACUUCGCUGGAAGAUCACUGGAAGGAGCAUCGGCAGCUCAAUAUGGGCUGCACUACGAAGCUCAGUCUUAUACUGUUGCUCGGUAGCUGGGCUUCUGCACAAUAUGGAUCCGAAGACAAAAACUACACACCAUGCCAAAAACAUACCACUCGUUUCAAAAAUAUGAAGGUGUUCUCCUACCGCUAUGAAGUUGAGACCUCCAACGGAAUACUCGGGACGGACACCUCACGAUCCGGUGUCCACAUAUCAUGCAAUUUGGAACUUGAAGUGCCCCAGUACUGUACCUACUCCAUGCGGAUAAAAUCGUGCAGCUUGAAGGAAGUACAAGGCAUCAACGCUGAUGGCACGCCGAUCUUGGAUCCUUCAAAGGACAGUGACGCAUUCCAGGAGGCUAUGUCCAAGUAUAUCUUGAAAUUCACCACAUCACAUGGACAUAUGGGCAUCACUCUAUAUGCACAUGAAAAUGAACCAACCAACAUCCUUAACAUCAAGAGGGGUAUAAUUUCUGCUCUUCUGGUGCCAUUGGAUUUGAAUGAAGAUGAGCAGUUGGUUGACAUUGCAACUGUGUAUGGUAACUGCUCGAGCAUUGUCAUGGUGGAGGACAGAGAAGGCAGUCGUGCUUCUCGCAUUACAAUUAGAAGAGACCUUGUUGACUGUAACAAAUUCAAGGCUGUCACAGACUACACUAGUCCAUUGGCAAUGGUUACAAGAUUGCCAGAAUCUGCCAAGCCUAUUCUAUAUAGCAGUCAAACUUGCUCGUAUACCCUUGAUGUAAAGAAACAUGUGACAGAAGCAAUCUGCGAUGAGAAACACCUUUUCAGCGAUUAUCAAGGACCCGGAUCACUUGUAAAGCAGACUUUGAAACUCUUAGAAGUCUCGCCAAUUAAUACAGGAUACUUUGCUAAUGGUGAUUUCAUCAAGAAAGAAUUGACUUUGGAACAUGACUUUGAUAACAGAGCACAGAAUGCAGAUUCUGCGCUAUUGGCACUAAGGAAUCUGGCAGGAAUCUCUGAGGAUGGUCAACGUGAACAAAGGGCUGACUUGUUCCAAAUAUUUGUGGCUGAAUUGAGGAGAUUGGAUGGAGCGACUCUUGAAACAGCUUUGCCUAAGCUACUUCAAAUGGAAAAACCCAGGUCUGUCAUUUUUCAAGCACUUCUCCAGUGUGGUACCUCAGGGUGUUUUGGAACCAUCUUAAAAAUAUUGCAAAGCAAAUCGGUCCCUGAAUUCUUGGCAGAUGCAAUUACCUAUUCAGUUGGACUCAUGGCUUCACCAUCUGAGGACGGGAUUCAGCACAUUCUUAAUAUGGCAAAGGUUCGUCCAACGAGGGCUAUGCUUUAUGCCCUGAGUCACACAGUAAGAAGAUUUUACAAUGAAAGGAAGCUUGUUGUGCCAGAACUAAAGCAAGUUGCAGACUACAUAAAGUCCAUUAUUGGAAAUGAAUGCUCUGGGGAUGAAAACAAAAUCUACCUCACCCUGAAGGCACUGGGAAAUAUGGGAGAAGCAAUUGAAGAUGCAAAUCCUGAAGUUACAAUGUCACUUUUAAGCUGUGUUAAGAGUGCCACGGCUUCCUCCUCUGUUCAGCAGGCUGCUGUUCAAGCUUUCAGACAAAUGACCUUAACUGAUGAGAUUCGUACUGAACUUUUUGAAGUAUAUACAAAUGAAGGUUCACCUGUUCUGAAGAGACUGGGGGCCUACCUUAUUGUCAUGAAGAAACCAACAUCCAAAAACCUCAGAAAAAUCAUUAAAACUCUACAAAAGUUUGAAAAUGAACAAGUGAAAAGUUUUGUUUCCACACAUCUUAGGAACAUUCUCACAUCCAAGGAUCCCAUGGUCCAAGAACUGAAAAGCAAAGUGGCAGAUGCUCUAAAAGAUACUCAGCUCCCAACACCCAAGGAUUUCAGAAAAUAUUCUAGAAACUAUAACAUAUAUGAGAAAAUUAUGCUUCCAAAAAUACAGGGUAAACUGGAAGGUGGACUGCAAAGCAAUAUAAUUUUCGACUCAAACAGUAAUUUGCCAACAGCUGUAAUGUUAGAAACUACUUUGAAUGUUUUUGGAGAAUCUGUGGACCUGUUUGAGAUUGGCUUGGAAGGCAAUGGAUUUCAACCAUCUCUCGAGGCAAUAUUUGGACCAAAAGGAUUUUUCCCAAAUAGUGCAAUGAAGUCACUAUACUGGGUGAAUGGCAAGGUUCCAGAGAAAGUAUCACAAGUGCUAUUCAAGUGGUUUGGAAUCAUCAAAGAUGAUGAACAUCCGCAGGAAGAUAUGAUGAAGGAACUUACACAGAAUUUUCAAAAAAUGUUGAAGGAAAUGGAACAAAAAACACCAGAAGUAGAAGCUUUCUUGAGAAUCUUUGGAAAUGAACUUGGAUAUGUCAAAGGCAGCGAUUUCAAGAUGCUGAAAGAAAUGAUGUCAAAAAGUUUCCAACUACUCCAAAGCCUUCCAGCACAGGUCAGGUCAGCUUUCCUGAACGGUUUAGGUGAUGAACUAUUUGCUCACUAUAUUUUCAUGGACAGCACGUUAAUCUAUCCCACUGGAGCUGGUCUCCCUCUGAAACUAUCUAUUACUGGUACAGUCACAUCUGGUGCCAAAGCAGCGAUGAAAUUUGAAGGAAAAAAGAUCAAAGGUUUGAUUAAGCCUGAAGUUGCAACUGAGAUUGUGAUCCAGUUAGGUGUCAAUGUACCAGAUUUUUCCAGAAAUGCAAUCCGGUUAAAUGGCAACAUAUAUUUUAAAUCUGGUUUUGAAGCUGAGAUCAGCAUGAGUUCUAAUCAGAUAAAAUUCAACAUCCCAGCACCCAAGGAGCCAGUCAAACUCUUAAGUUUCAGCACCAGACAGUCUCUGAUCCACAGUGCAAAAACUGAAGCAAUCUCAUCUAUCAUGGAGAGCAAAGAAGAAAGUAAAACAUGCAGACCAUUGUUUACAGGGAUUAAUCUUUGUGGAAGCCAUGUAUACUCUGAUGCACCAUAUCUUGGAAAAACAAGUCUUGUACUUCAAAUCGAACCUACUGGCACAGUUACAGACUACUCUGCAUCAUUAACAUAUAAGUCCCCGAAAAUUGAAGAGGAUUUGGAACACUCUCUUAGGUUUGCUGUUGUGGCCGAUGGCAGUGACAAUGUUGAGGUUGCAGUUGAAAUGAAGUACAAUAUCAACAAGCACAGUCUGACAGCAGAUGUUCAGAUUCCCAAAUUUGAUGUAGAAGUUGGCGUGAAGCUAGGAGGUGAAGACAGAUCUACACAGGGCAAGACCUCAUACAUUCUUAGAUUUGAUGCCACAAACAAAAAUGUACGUGAAGUGACCAUCCAGGGCCAAGCAAGCUAUAAUGAUGAGCAGAGAGAACUCAUGCUGCGGGGCUUUUUCUCCAUUCCUCACCUGGAUGUUAAUACAAAUAUUGGAACGCAAAUUCGACGUUUACCUGACGGAUUAUUGACUGAACUCAAAAUGGAAGCCUCUAUACCUCAGUUCAAAGCAUCAUACAAAACCAAUUUCAAAUAUGAUUCUAAGAAGGUCCAAGUAGCGUGGAACUCAGAAGCAACAUCUGAUCUUAAAACACUUAAUGAGAAGAUUGCAAACAUGGGAUUAUUUGACACAUCAGAAUACCAAAAUACAUUAAACAUGCACCUCGAUAACUUCCUGGAUCAAAAGGUUGCCCAAACUGAUAUGACGAUCAGGCAUGUUGUUUUCAAUUCAUUGCAGGCCAGCAAAAAAUGGUUGGAACAGGCUAAUGGCAAAGUUCCAUUUGCUCCCACUAUUCAAAACCAUUUUGAAACUCUGAGGAACAUGGAUUUGAUGCAAAUGAGCUCAUAUUUCACUCUUCCAGAAAUUUUGUUUCUGAAGAAUCGUGGCUCCAUCGCAGGCACAUUUGGGAAAAAUAAAAUUGACAUUCAAGUUCCAAUUCCAUUUGGUGGCAAAGUGUUUGAAGAAAUCAAACUUUUUCCAAGAACUGUAAGAUAUCCUCCAAUGGCAAAGGAAGUAUUUAGAAUCAAUUCACCAUCCAAUUAUUACACCAUACCAUCAGUAUUUAUUCCACUUGUUGGAGACGUAACUUCCAUUCCUUCUGUUACCAUUCCCAAAACGUACAAGCUCCAGAUUCCUUCAAUUAACAAACUGGAAUUCUUCUCCCAGUUGAACAGUAAUUAUUAUAAUUGGACCUCCGACUUAAAAUGUGAAAGUAAUGCAAAGAAAGAGGGAAGACCAUUUUCAGCUGAUGUAGACAUCAAAGCAGACGCACUUCUGGAUUAUUUGUCAUUUAAAGUGAAAGGUUCUUUGUCCUCAAAUCAAACUGAAGAGGAAGCAUCCACUCUCAUCACUGGAUCAUUUAAACAUACCCUGCUCACGACUUCAGGAAAGUUAUCAACAAAAUAUAUUGGUUCAAAUGGUAAAAACGAUGUAGGAUUUGAAUGGGAGGCAUACAGUAUUGGAGGAGCAAAGACCUCUUUGAGUUCAUCAUAUCAAUUUGGGUUUGGGCAUGAUUCCAAUUUUGAAAUACAAGGCCGUGCCAAAGGAGCAUUAGAUGUAUCUACAUUUUAUUCCACCUGGAACUACACCAUGUCUGAAACAAUUAACGCCAACAAAGAAGGCAAAGGAAGUUCAAUUUUAAAUUACAAUUGUGCAAAUCUCCAAAUUACCAAUAGAAUGAACAAUGAAUUCAAUAGUGAUGGUAUCACGUUUUCCUCUAACACCGAGGGAUCAAGGUUAAACCUAAGAAACAACAUCAAAGUAAGAUUAACGAGCAAGAAAUAUGAACUGAAAUGUGAUACUUCAGGCCAGUCAAGUGAAGGCGACUUCAUGAGCAACAUAAAAUUGAUUAAAAAUAGUAAAGCACUGAAGGCAGAGAACAAACUGCGUGGUCAAAUGUUUGACAUUGCCGUAGAAAUUGCAGAUCAACUCAGCUACACUGAUGGACAGCUUACUUUGUUCAUGAAUUCAACAGGAAAGUAUAAUGAGAUAGAUGCAACCAACAGCUUAAGUGUUAAAAUAUUAGAACAACUUGAAGUUGAAAAUAAAUGGCAUGUGGGUUAUAAUGGCAAUGGUGUAAAUAACCACGGUGUUCUGACCAUUGGAAAUGAUGGUCUGUCAACUGAACUGACCUCAAAACUUAAUAUAGAUCCUAUUGAUUUAAAACUUGGAUUCACUACUAAUGUUCAGCAAUCACAAGCCAACAUGAUAUUUGACAUCCAGAAUGGAGACAAUCAUUUAGUUAAUUUGAAUAUCAAUGGAAGAGCAGAUAACAGUGGAAUAUACAUGCUCUGUAAAUCUUCAGGUGUAAUUUUGGAAACCAAAGCAAGCAAUAACAUCAAUCUUCAACUUACUAAAGAAAAAGGCCUGGUUCUUCAUACAACAACAGAGACAUCAUGCCACGAAGCUACACUUAAGCAUGUAAAUCACGUUACUGUCAAUUCCUGGGUAUGCAGUGGAGAAAUGCAGACUGAUGGUCGCCUUGAUUCUGAAAACACAUAUCAGCAAAAUUUCAAAGUGCUCGUGCAACCUUUCACACUUUCAGCCAGUUACAAUGAGAAAUUAAACUACCAACAACUAGAUCUUGCCCAUACUGGACAGCUUCUGCUUGAACCAUUCAAGAUUGACUUGAAGGGUGAAUUUGUGGGAAAACAGAUGGCCCAUCAGGUGAAACAUACUUAUGAAUUACAAUGUGCAGAAUGGAAAGCAUUAUUAAGUGCAAACACAACCGGAAAAGUGCUAUCUAAUAAAAUUAAUCAUAAAUUAAACUUGGAAAUCGUUGGACUAUCUGCAUAUUUCUACAGUGAUGUAUCUUGCAAAUCGAAACAACUACAAUUUCAGAAUCUGAUUCGCACUGCAGCUCUUCCAUUUGUCUUCACUUUAGAAGCAGAUACUACUGCAAAUGGAAAUAUUGAUCAAUGGGGCAGGCACAAUGGAAAGCUUAACAACAAAUUCCAAAUGAAGGCAGAACCAUUUGCCUUUGCACUUCGCCACAGCUAUGAAGGUAUUUCUGAACAUAGCAUGAAUGAUCAGAAGUUGUUGCAAACGCUUCUGAAAAACACCUUGAAUGUUAUUUUGAAUCCAGGUGAGCAAACAAGCAUGUGGAAACUGGAAGGUCAGUUCAACAACAAUGGCUACAUGCAAACUAUCAAUGCCUACAACAAUCCAGACAAUAUUGGGAUAGAAAUUGCAAGUGAAGCAGAGGUUGAUUUAGGAUUUAAACACGCCUCUACGGAGGAGAACACUGUUGAACCAACUGUGCCAUCAAAGAUAAAAAUUUUCGGCAAUCUGCAAUAUGACAAAAAUAGAAAUGUUCAUAUUUUGGACAUACCAUUCAUGGAAGACAUGCCCCUGUACUUUGACUCUGUAAAAAAUGUAAUUCUAAACGCAUUGGAUGCCAUUAACAUGUUUUUGUUGGACUUGAAAUCUAAUCAGUUUGCCCAGAAAUACAAGACUCUUUUACGCCAAACAAAUGAUUACAUUAAAGGUGUGAAUUUAGAUGUGAAGGUUAAUGAAAUGAAAGACAAAGUGCUCAAGUUUGUAACAGAGUAUGGAAAAUCAGCAGAACAACUUCAGCUUGCUUUGGUGGAGUUUUCCAAUGUUACAGUGACCAACAUGCAGAUUUAUCUUAACUACCUUAAAGAAUACGACACGUCUGAUCUGAAGGAAGCGAUUGCAAAUUUCAUUAAUAAGAUUGUGAAGGCAGUGAGAGAAAUUGAUCAGCAAUAUGAAAUAACCCAACAAUCCCUGAAAAUCGUCAUUCAAAUGCAGAAAUAUUUUGAGGAGCUUGCUCUACAAGAAAUUCCACAAUGGAUUCAAGAAGUUGCUUCAGAGUUCAGAAUUAUAUUGCGUGGAUUACGGGCACAUCUCCAGAACAUCAAUUUGUUGGAAGUUGCUGAGAGAAUAAACCAACAAAUUUCAACGAUUGACUUCAAUGAACUAAUUGAAAAACUGAAACAAAAAUUAACUUCAUUUGGACAAGAAGUAAAUAAUUUAAUCAGGCGAACCUACCAGAAUAUUCAGUAUGUGGCUCAGGUCUUAGAAAUAGAUUAUAGUAUUAACUUAAUUAAUGCCAAGAUUCAGAAGAUAAUUACUAAAUUUAAACUUGAUACACUGGUUCAAAACCUGUUGGAUGAAACAGUGCAACUCAUUAAACAAUAUCAGGUAAAGGAAACAAUACAGGGAAUUGUAAACUAUCUUAAAAAGAUUGAUGUGAAAUCAUACAUUGAAAGAGCUGUUCAGUAUAUCAGUGAACUAUCUGAACAGAUAGGAUUAUAUGACUUUCAGAAAACGAUUGCCAAUAUUAAUCAAUUCCUUAAGAAAGUUAUUAAAGAUUUAAAAGAAUUUGAUUAUAAUGCCUUCGUUGACAAAACAAACAAUUGGAUCCAAGAAACAAGUGAUGUUGUCAAUGAUAAAAUCAGAGCAUUUGAGCUGAAAGAAAAAGUUAGGGCUAUGACAAAAUACAUACAAGCAAUUCAGUCUUCAAUAACAGAUUACAUAGCACAAAGAAACAUCAAUGAAUUCAUUGUUGAGAUGGUAGAUGUAUUCAGAAAUAUAACUGUGGCGAUUCACAAUGAUCUGGUUCGCAAGUAUGGUGGCAUGAUUGAGGAUCUCCACGACAUGAUCAAUAAAAUGAAUGUCUAUGAAGAACUGCAACAAUACUGGCAGGAUGCUGUUAAGUAUUAUGAAGUGCUUGUUCGUCACCUCACAACAGCAUAUGAGAAUGCAAAAGAGAAAAUUAACAGUUUGGCUGAAGAGAAUAAUUUCACAGAUGUCGUGAAUCAAAUGUACAUUCACUUGGAAGAAGGCUUUAUUGUUCCAGAGCUGGACCUAGGUCUAAUACUGGUGCCUGAAUUUGAACUCAGUAUUCGUACUGUUAAAAGUGGACAGCUUGUCAUUCCGUCUUUUAUAGUUCCUCUGACAGAUCUAACAACACCAUCUUACACUUUCAAUUUAAAUGAUCUUAAAAAUAUCAAGAUUCCUACAAAAUUUGAAAUACCAGCAAUCAGAAUUUUGAAUUUAUUUACUAUCCCUGCCUUCCCAAUCAACUUGGAAGCGAUUAAGGAAUUCAUUGUCACAACAAUUCAGGACAUACAGAAUUUUGAAAUUCCCACAGGAGAGAUCUCUGUGUUUUCAGAUUUCAAUUUCCCCAUUAUGUCAUUACCAGGUAUAACAAUUCCUGAAAUUGAUUUCAGUGUGUUGCAAAUCCCUUCCAUAGGAAUUCCAAAAGUGAAUUUAAACAACUUCAUGCUAAAUGAUAUUAAAAUUCCAGAAUUCCAACUGCCUCGUGUCCCUCACAAAGUGUAUGUUCCGGCAUUUGGAAAACUCAGCGGCACAUUCAAUAUUUCAUCUCCUAUUUACAACUUGCACACCAGUGUUGGAAUUCACAACAGCACAGUUGAUCAAAGCAAGCCUGAACUUCUCGCUUUUAUCACCGCAAAAGGAAAAUCAGAUUUAGACAUUCUAUCCUUUGACCUAGAAGCUAAAGCCAAGUUAACAGCUCUUGAGCAGAAUCAGUUGAAACUAAGUGAAGAUGUGAAGCUUGACCACACAGCUCUCCUGAUCGAUCACAAAGGAACACUUAAUUUCAGGAAAACAGUUGUGAAUGGAAAUGCAGAGACUUUGAUCAAAAUUACCUCUGAACCCUAUACGGCCGAAGCAAAGAAUAGUAUAGAAAUUAAAAUAGAUAGCGAACUUUCAGCAAGAAUGGAGACAAAUUAUCGACACAAUUUAAAUGUUCCAAGUAUACAUACAUCAAGUCAAAUUUUGCUGAGGAACACUGUUGAAGCUUCUGCAAAUGGAAAGGGGGUAACAAGCACUGUCAGAACAUUUACAAAUGGAAAAUGCUCUUUCAAAGACUACUCUGAUGAAGGAUUACACAAAAACGAGCUGAAAUUCAACUUUGGCGCACCUGCUCUUGUACUUUCAUUUGCUGGCAACACGGACACCAAAUACCUAAAGAUGAAACAAGAAUUAAAGACUGAGAUCUUUCCUUCAUUUAAUGCCAAUUUGGUUUUGAAUGCAGAUACAACAGUUACUCACCUUGGAACUAGUGUCAUGAAUGUGAAUGGAACUGUAGAUUUAGCAUUGUUGGAAGUAAAAUUGAUAGGAUUUCAAAAUACCGACCUUAGUGGUCGUACCACAGGCACAGUAAGAAAUUCCUUUACUUUUGCUGCAGAACCAUUUGCAUUUGUUGCAAAGGCAAAUAAUAACGUUAAUGUAAAGGUUUCCUUACCUAUGACACUUACUGGAAAAGUAGAGUUCUCGAAUAACUAUGAACUGAUAUUAAAUCCAAAUGAGCAACGUUGUGGCUGGCAAGUAACUUCAAGAUUCAAUCAGUACAAAUACAUUCAUAAUAUUGUUGCAAGUAAUAAUGAUGAAAAUAUCAUUUUGCUUUUUGCAUUGAAUGGUAACGCAAACCUCGAUUUCCUCCGUCAACCCAUUUCUAUCCCAGAUAUUUCAAUAGUUCACUCGGCAUUCAAACUUCCCUCUGUCACUGAUUAUUCCCUGUGGGAAGAUGCAGGACUCAAAUCAUUCUUGAGAACAACACGACAGUCGAUUGACUUAAGCAUAAGGACUGAAUACAGUAAGAAUAAAGAUGUUCAUGACUUUAAAAUUGAUUUGACACCUGUUUACAACCGGAUUGAAGAUCUCCUAAACGUAUCUGAAAAUACCUUUAAACAUGUCAGAAACACCAUUUGGAAUUUAUCAAGAAAAAUACGGGAUGAUAAAACACAAACGAAUCCUGCUUCAAAUGACUUGCCAAAAUUUCUUCAAAUACCAGGUUACACCAUACCAGUAGUGAAGGCUGAAGUCUCACCUUACAGACUAGCAAUCCCAAAUUUCCGUUUUGUUGCUACAAGAGAAAUUACUACACCGACCUUUAGAUUACCAAUUAUUAGUUUCAACAUGCCUUCCUACAGUUUUGUUAUACCAUCUUUUGAAUUUGCAUUGAAUAUUCCGGACAGUUUUUAUACAUUGUCUUUUCCAAGGAUCAAAAUGCCAGCUCUACAAGAUUCUAUCAAGAUUCCAGCUAUGGGCAAUUUGACUUAUGAUUUCUCACUCAAAUCAAGCUUGGUGACACUUGGUGCGCAUGCUGAACUCUUCAACCAGUCAGACAUCAUUGCUCGCUAUAGUGUCUCAUCUACGUCUAUCUUCACUUCCGACUUUAAAGCAGAAGGAACAACAAGCUUGGCAAGAAGGCGAAGACUGAAAUUAGCAACAACUAUUUCUGUUAACCAUGAGACCAUUUAUGGAAAGCACAACAGCACUCUAAGUUUAUCAUGGAACAACGUGGAUGCUUCAGUUAAUACCAAAGCAAAUAUUAAACUUCCUAACUUAAUUCUUAAUUUCACUCAUGAUUUGAAUGGUAAUACAAAAUCUAAGCCCAAUGUGCAAUCAAAGGUGUCUCUUGACUACAGAUUGUUAGUGCCUUCAGUUGGGACUGAUCUUGAAGGAAAUGCUGUACAUUCAUUCUCCUUGGGAGACCUUGCAUCCUACUUCAAUUUGGAAACUUCAGCUAACAUUCAGGCCCGGGGAAGUGUGGCUUUUAAACACAAAUUUACUGGUAGUUUGAACAAUGAAGCCAAUGUUUAUUUCAGUUCAAAUAAUGUUCGCUCAAAUGCAAAACUUGAUUUAAGUUCAUCAGCUAAGACACCUUCUGGCAAUAAUCUUAACAUCGAAAUGAAAGAAAACCUUGCUUUAGAGGCCACCACAAAACGGAUUUUUGCUGUGUGGGAGCAUUCUGGAAAUAAUGCAAUAACGCUUAUUAAUGGAGUUACAAGAGGUAGUCAAACAUCUAAAGCAACACUAGAAUUAGCACCCUGGAGUGCAAAAGGAAAUUUAGAUGCCAAAUUGAAUCAACCCAGUUCUUGGUGGCAAAGGGCAGAUGUACAACAGCAGGUCACUGUAAGUAUCUCACCAGAGAGCCAAGCAUUGAAAUGGAAUAAUAUUGGCCACCUGUCUUCAACUAGCUUCAGUGAUGCGGUAGGACUAUUAAACAACAGAACCGAAAUACGUCUUGACUUGGCCGGUUCCCUGCACGGACAUGUAGAUUUUCUGAAAAAUAUCUGGCUUCCGGUUUAUGACAAAAAUUUAUGGGAUGUACUGAAAUUUAGUCUGACUACCAGUGAAGAGGAGCAACAAUACCUCCAUGCAUCUGCACUAAUAGUGUGCAUGAAGAGUGAAGAUAAUUUCCUUAUCUCUCUCCCAGUCCAGAGCUUAGCCAAUGGUCUACAACUAAUUGUCCCUGAAAUUUUACUUAAUUUUCCCGAAUGGAUCAACAAUGUUCCAGAACGGAUUCUCGGCAACCUACUUCCAACAGCAGAUAAACACCCAUUUAACAGUGAUAUUACAUUUCCAACACUCAAAGUACCAUUGGUAAACAUUGUUGUGCCUUCAUACAAAUUCCGCUUGUCAGCAUUAAAAUUACCAAGCGUUUUCAUUACCCCUGAAUUUAGAGUUCCAUAUACUACUCUUCAAGUGCCUUCAUACACAAUUAACUUCACAAAUAUUGCUAUUCCAUUCAGGACAAACAUUCUUCCGUUUGAAGUGUCUUUGCCGGAUUUUCCUACAGUAAGCUUUCCUAAUAUGAACAUUGAUUCUAAGUAUGUAGAAUAUAACAACAUCCCUUAUCUUGAUGUGACAACACCAGAAAUCAUAGUCGGGAUUUCAUCGUUUACCCUACCAACAUUUUUUGGGACUGCUAAACAGCAUCUCAAAAAGAGCACCAGUACAAAGCAAACUGCAGAUUCUGAACCACCAGCUCUAGUAUUCCAAGCCAGAACAGUGGAGAUACCCUCCCUGAAAAUAUCUCUGCCUUUAGCAAUUGCUAUCCCAGCAUUUAAAUCAUUAAGUGGAAACAUCAAUGUUAUGUCACCAAUAUACAACACUACAUGGAUUGCAAGUGUGAAAUCGGAAGCAGACCAAGCAGUUACGGCAAAAGUGGAAGCCACAUGCAGUUCUACUCUGAGGUUUCUGGAAUAUGAAUUGGAGGUCACUGAAACAAUAAUUGAAACCGUUGAUGAAUACAGACUGAGUGAAAAAAUCUUGUUUUCACAUCCUGACUUAAGUCUAAACUGGGAGGAUAAAUUUGUUGUUGCUGAUUAUUUCAGGAUUCUUCAAUGGGAUGUAGCCAUCAACAGCCCGACUUUCACAGAUUUUGAAUUUCAUUUGCAACAAGAUGAUAGUAGAUUUUCUUCUUCCAUCUCCACUCCUUCUACAGGAUCUCUCAGCAUGAGCAUUGAAACGAAAAAUCCCGAUGUUCUGUAUGGAAAGCUAUAUUUCCACAAACCACCAUCUGCUAAAAUCCUUAUUUUGGAAAGUAGUGUUUCACUGGAGGACAAUGAAAAUAUUCAAUUGCUGUUCAAAUGGAAAGAAGGAAUCCCAGAUUUAGCAGAAGGCACAAAAGAAAGAGUACCAAAGAUGAUUGGAGCUGUCUAUGACUGGGUUAACAAGUACCACACUGAACACCUUGGAAUUGAGAUUAGUGCUGUCAGUCCAAAAGUAAAGGGCUUGAUGAAGCAGAACAUCAACGAUGUAUAUGCAAAUACAGUCAAUAGCAUUAAAGAAGCUGAUAGUUAUUUCCAGUCUACAGUUGUAGAUAUCACCUCAAACUAUCAGAACAUGAAACACAACGCAAAGACAUUAUACAAGAGAGCAACAAUAGAAUUUACAAAUGCAGGCUAUAACAAUACAUUCACCACACUAUUGGGUGACAUUUCUAAUUUACAACAUGAGUAUCAGAAUACUGUAAUGGACUCGGUUGAUUCAGCAGCCAGUUUUCUAAAACGUCACAGGUUUCAGGUUCCUGGACAUGAAAACUUUUAUACAGUUCCAGAACUAUAUAAGCUUUUCAUAAUGCAGGCAAAACAGUAUGUUGAAACCAUUAUUCGAGGAGUUGAUCAAUUUGUGGAAGAAAGUCUUCAAGGGACAGUCAAGUACAUCGAGGAACUGGAGCUCAAAGUCUCUGGCACUAAUACAGUCAUCAACAGCACAGAAAUAAUUAAACAGUUAAGACAAUUGCUGCUGAAAGUUCAAAUAGAGCUGAUUGCAACUUUAGAAGAAGUGCAGAGUUUUAAUUUUGAACCAUAUUUAAAAUCCCUAAAGGACAAUAUACUGAUCUUUUCUGAAAAACUGGCUUCAACGUACAAAGAACUAGCCAAUGUAAAAUUUGAAACAGUAAAAUCUAAAACGUAUCAGUUGUACAAUGAUGGUGUCAAUUCAGCAUAUGCAUACUUUACAGAAGAUUUGAAAAUGUAUCUUUUAAGACUGAUUCAAAUGAGCCAAGACCUGUUGCAAGUCCUUAUUGAAAAGAUUCGGGCAGGAAGCAUAUAUUGCAAAUCAAUCCGUGAAGAAUAUUUUGAUAAUGACUUAUUUAGAUGGACGGACAAGUUCAAUGAAAUUGAUGAAACGUUAAUUCAAACGUUGACAGGAUUUGCGGAAUAUACAAAAGAAGGUCCACAUUUAAUUGAUGCUAGUCUUGCAAGAGCUAAUUUUCUGAAACAAGAAGCAAACAUGUUCAUUAAUAAUUCCGUUGAUACUUUAAAUGAAUAUUAUGUAAUCAUGCAGUCAGAGUUUCAAGAUGAUGGGCAAGCAAUAAUUGAUGAAUAUCUUCAAAGUAUCAAAGAAAAUUUGAAAGAGUUUUUUGCAGACAUGAAGAAGCAAGCAAAUACCUAUAAACGGGCACUCAAGAAAGAAAUAGACGACUUUUCGUAUCUUGAUGAAAUUUAUCCAAGUUUAAUUGAUAAUGCAAGAAAUGCAGUUGAUUUGUUUUUUGAAAACUGCAGCAAAUUUACUGAACAACUAUUUAAAUUCCUGGAAUUGAUUUCAAAUGAACUAUUCAGUGGAUUUAUCGUGAAAAGGGCACCUGGAGAGCUUCAGAUUAAUGUUCCACACUCUCUUGACUGGGAAUCAUUUGAUGAGGUUCUCAAUUUGAAAGAAGGAACAAUGAACACAACUUUUAUCACGGGACAACAGAAGGUACAAAGAGGUACUGCUCGAGCUUAGAAUUAAUUCUGGAACAGUAUCAGACAAAUAAAAUUCUGCUGGAAGAACGAGAAACAAAGAACAGAAAAUCAAAAUUUUAAAAUGCAUCUUAAUAUUUAAAGUUGUUUUAAAUCAAACCAUCUAGCAUGCAUAACGUACCAUUCUUGUGAAUGGAAAACACACAAUCAUUUAUUAUUUCAGUUUUCAAAUGAGAAUAAAGGCAAAGUUAUAAAUAACUUAGCAAGUUUUUUUUAUAGAUUGUUUCAUUGUAACAAAUAUAAAAAAUAAAACGUAUUGCUCCAACUGUUCAGCUAUUAAAACAAAAUAAAGUAAUUUUGGCUGUGA